UCGCCGGUACUCGAACUUUGGCUUACGAAGACAUUAUAAAAGGCACUUCGCUCCAGGAAUUCCACUGGAAAGAGAGUGGUGAACUGAGGCCAAGUCGGGCACCUUUAUCGCCCAAACACGGCUCAUCAAUCUCCUCUUUUGAUGAAAGACCAGUUGAAGAAGCACUUGAGGAGCUGAGGAAAGUCAAAGGUCCAGUGUGCACCGUGACUGUCGCUGGUCCUUUGAGGAAAGGAAAGUCUUACAUUUUGAGUGAGGCUUUUGAUCAACCAGGGGUGUUCCCUCUUGGUCACGAAUUUGAUCCGAAGACCAUGGGAAUAUGGAUGUGGAUUGUGCCAGAGAAAUAUAAGGACAAAAGUGGCCAGGAGGUCACAGUUGUGCUGUUGGAUUCAGUGGGUGUUGACGCUGCUUUCGGUGAAGGCCGUGAAGACAAUCAGAUAUUUACCUUAACCGUUUUGUUGGCAUCUGUGCUUAUUUAUAACUCAAGCGGCGUCCCCACAAGACACGAUCUCGAGAGUCUGCACUUUAUCUCAGAGCUUUCUGAACGAAUUCAUGCAAGAUCUAACUGGAAACAGACUGCUAAGAAAGAAGAAGAGUGCUUACACAGAACGUUUCCUUUCUUUUUUUGGUUGCUGAGGGAUGUGGCGCUCUCCAUUCCACGCGACUACACAGACUACAAGGAUUACUUCUUGAAAAAGGUUUUCCGUGAGGAGAAUUCUGGGAGUGGGAGUCAACAGAGCCGGGAGGUAGCUGAAGGCAUCUUAAGAUUCUUUCCUGGUUUUGAAGCGUUUUCCCUGCCUCUUCCUACGGCUGAUGAAGAGAUAAUGAGAACCAUCAGCGUGAAUAAGGAUCAGCUACAGACAAAAUUUUUGCGCCAGUUAGAGGACUUUAAACGCUUGGUAAAGUCCAUACUGGUUCCAAAACACAGCUACACAGAAGGAGAGCUUGUAACUGGUGAAGGUCUGGCCGCUUUAGUGAGCCAGUACGUUGAUGCAAUCAACACCACUGGCUUUCCUCCAGAUGUGCAGGGAGCGUGGGACCAGUUUGUACAAACCAAAUGUUUUGAAACUAAAAAAACCUGCGAGAAGAAAUAUUGUGAGGUUGUGACCUUACUACUGUCUGAAAAACUGCCUUGUGAUAACGAUAAAGUACGGGAGUAUCACAACUCUGCACUGGAGGAAACUGAGGAGCUUUUCCUGAGGGAAAUGAUCGGCAUUUCAACAAACAAAGUAGAGAAGCAACUAAGGCAACUUAAGAUAUCCCUAAACCAACAGUUGAAGGAGUGGCAGGCUAAGAAUUCAAAAUUAACGAAAGAAGGCUGCGAAAAUCUUCUUUCAGAACUAAAAAAAAAGCACUUCGAUCCGAUCAUUGAGCAACUGCAAGGAAGAGAUGGUUCGAAAUUAACAUUUGGUUACAUCCAGAGAGGUUACCUACACAUCAAAGAUGACUACGAUGCAAAAGCAAAGGGUGCGAAAGAUGCCAUUGCUGCUGCGUUCGCCGAAUUUCACCCCAAAAUAGCAGCGGAAACUAAGCAAUACAUCGGUAUUCUAAGGCAACUGAAAGACUUUGACGAACAUGCAGCGAGAGAGAAGGUAGCCGAAGCUUACAGGGAGCGGGAAAGAAGACGACUUGAGGAAGAGCGGAUGCGCUUAGAGCAAGAAAAGCAAGAACAAGAGAAGGAGAUGAAAAUGCUGAUUACCAGAAUAGAAGAGGAAAGAGUUGGGAUGCUAGAGAAAAUGAAAAAUGAAAUGGAACAAGAGAAAGAACAAUUGCAGAAUAUGAGGGAAGCAGGCUUACGGGAGGCAAAACUUAAACGAGAGGCUUUCAUUGAAGAAAAACAUGCCCUAGAAGAACGGUUACUGAAAAUGCGAGAGAAAGACGAGGAACAUAUGAAAAUGAUAAAGAGGUUCUCAGAAAUGAUCACCAAUCACCAAAGAGAGAGAAUAGAGCGUCGUGAACAACUGAAAGAACUUCCUCAGGAAGAUAUCGAAGAGUCCUUGAAUGAGCUGAGAAGAAAGCAAUCAGAAGAGGAAAAUGAACUCCUGAAGAAGAUGGAUAUUUGUGCGGACGACAACCAAGGGGAUGUUCCUCAGAUGAUGGCCUUGAGGGCUCUAAAGAUAAGAAUGGAGGAGAACGAAGAGGAACAAGAAUCUCUCGUGAGAACAGUCCUUGGUGGCAUUGCAAAAGUUAGUCGACCGGCUGGUAAAUUAAUAGCCUUGUAUCCUCCAGCGGCGCCUUAUGCUGAAAACGUCGCCGACGGCAUUGCUGGUGUUGCUGAAGCUUUAUUGGAGGCUGACUGUGUUGUCAUGUGAGAAGAGCAAUGCGGUUGUUUCCGGACAUGAAACGAAUGAGUGUCUUCAGUUUUCAAGAAACAAUGUUUUUGAUAAUCGUGCUAAUCACCACUUUAGAUAAGGCAUAGCUGAUGUAGAGAGUAUCCUUACACCUUUUUCUGUCAUUUCUAAGAGAGGGCUUUCAUCUGUAAAAGAUGCAACUUCCGUUGCAAGUUACCUUUGUGAAGCAAUGUUUAAUCAGAUUCAGGUGUACAACAGCGAAACGUAAUUGACACAAUCUUUUAAUUGUAGGAAACAGUGCAAUAGCAACUAAACUCGAGUCAGUGAAGUCACAAUAUGGAUUGCAUUUUGAUUUUUUUAUUGACUAACUCACAUUCCUAGCACCUUGACCAUUCCCAAAAUAUUUGAGAAAGGAAAAAGAAAUACCCUUCUAUUCGUUUUACUUCUGAUACUCUGGUGUAAGUAAAGGUGUAGUCUGAUCGUCCGGGUGAGUGUAGUCCUGAGAAGGACUGUUGUCGGUGGUAGUGACUGACGUUUCGACA